CCCCUCCGCCCUGUCUACGUGGGCGGCAUCCCGCAGGGCUCUAUCAGGCCGAGCUUGGCGGAAAAGCUGGACCCCAGGAGGAUGUCCAGGAAUUCGAGUUGGCCAGCGGGCAGUAGCAGCUGCCUGUGGAGAGGGCAGUUUCUCCUGGGCCGGCCCUAGGCACCCGGUCCAGGACAGGACCAGUCCAUACGGCCAGGCCCUGGGCCCUGGCCUGUCCCAGAAGUCCCUGCAUGGAAUUGAGCCGGAGUCCUCAGAUUUGAGGUUACCCAGGUUCUACCUCUGCAGGGUGACCUCUUUGCAAAGUCUUGCUUCAGUUGGACGGAGGGGAGGCUGUGGAAGAGAGAGGGGAGAGUGGAGCACAAGUUUGGGCAAAGGCCUGUCCAGGAACUGGGACUCGGGGAGGAGAGUCCUGAGGCCAGUCACAUCCCAAAGGGCGAGAGGCUGGGGCCACCAGGCUGAAAAUCCUUUCCUUCCCUUCCCCCUCCCAACCUUAGCUUCUCCACAAAUCCCUCCCCUCUAUCCUCACUGGUGGGAGGGAAGGAUUUGCACAAAGUUUGGCUUUCCAGUAAGGAAAGGGGCUGGGGCCGGAGUGGUGUGGGGAGGGGAGGGGGCAGAGCUGGGGGGUUCUGGAAGGAGAGGGAAGUCCUUCUGCCCAGCACCGUGGGGCUUACGUAAUGGGCUAGAGGUGGGGGGCAGCCCCAGCCAGUACGUGUCCGGAGCUGAAUCCUGUCACCUUCUCCAAGAGGGUCUCUCAGGUCUGGGAAGCAGCAGGACGUGGAGGAGGCAGUGCCUACGGAAGGGGAGAGUCCUGCUGCUACUUGGAGACGGAGUCGGGCACCCUCUAGCCCCAGACCACUGGGGGCUGAGCCUGUGUCCUAGGGGUGGGGGGAUCCAGUGAGAUCAGGAGGGAGUGGGGUUGUGCAUGCCAUGGCCCCAGCCCUGGAGAAAGGUGGGUUUCAGCAUCUUUUCCCUCUGCUCAGAAAGAGGUGGGAGGAGGAACAGCCCAAGAAACCCAGUGCACAGGUGAUGUUCUGGUCUCGUCUGGGCAACAGUUUCAGCCUCCUCUUCCAACUGUCUGGCCAAAGACCCCUCAGCUCACUUAGGCUCCAAGUCUCUCUACCUCCUGGUCCCGCUCAGAGGGGCCGAAUGAGCCACUGGAGAUCGAGUGCAGCAAAAGGUCCUUCUCAGCCUCCAGCUGGGCUGUCCCCAAGCUGAGCUGAGGCCCUUCUCCUCCGAUCCCCACCUCUACCCAGACAUCCACCAUGGGGACAGCCACCAGGAGGAAGCCACACCUGCUGCUGGUAGCUGCUGUGGCCCUUGUCUCCUCUUCAGCUUGGAGUUCAGCCCUGGGAUCCCCAACCACCUUUGGGCCUGUCUUUGAAGACCAACCCCUCAGUGUGCUAUUCCCAGAGGAGUCCACGGAGGAGCAGGUGCUGCUGGCAUGCCGCGCCCGGGCCAGCCCUCCAGCCACCUAUCGGUGGAAGAUGAAUGGCACCGAGAUGAAGCUGGAGCCAGGUUCCCGUCACCAGCUAGUGGGGGGCAACCUGGUCAUCAUGAACCCCACCAAGGCACAGGAUGCCGGGGUCUACCAGUGCCUGGCCUCCAACCCAGUGGGCACCGUUGUCAGCAGGGAGGCCAUCCUCCGCUUCGGCUUUCUGCAGGAAUUCUCCAAGGAGGAGCGAGACCCAGUGAAAACUCAUGAAGGCUGGGGGGUGAUGUUGCCCUGUAACCCACCUGCCCACUACCCAGGCUUGUCCUACCGCUGGCUCCUCAACGAGUUCCCCAACUUCAUCCCGACGGACGGGCGUCACUUCGUGUCCCAGACCACAGGGAAUCUGUACAUUGCCCGAACCAAUGCCUCAGACCUGGGCAACUACUCCUGUUUGGCCACCAGCCACAUGGACUUCUCCACCAAGAGCGUCUUCAGCAAAUUUGCUCAGCUCAACCUGGCUGCUGAAGAUACCCGGCUCUUUGCACCCAGCAUCAAGGCCCGGUUCCCAGCAGAGACCUAUGCACUGGUGGGGCAGCAGGUCACCCUGGAGUGCUUUGCCUUUGGGAACCCUGUACCCCGGAUCAAGUGGCGCAAAGUGGACGGCUCCCUGUCCCCACAGUGGACCACAGCUGAGCCCACCCUGCAGAUCCCCAGCGUCAGCUUUGAGGAUGAGGGCACCUACGAGUGUGAGGCAGAGAACUCCAAGGGCCGAGACACCGUGCAGGGCCGCAUCAUCGUGCAGGCUCAGCCUGAGUGGCUGAAAGUGAUCUCGGACACAGAGGCUGACAUUGGCUCCAACCUGCGUUGGGGCUGUGCAGCCGCCGGCAAGCCCCGGCCUACAGUGCGCUGGCUGCGGAACGGGGAGCCUCUGGCCUCCCAGAACCGGGUGGAGGUGUUGGCCGGGGACCUGCGGUUCUCCAAGCUGAGCCUGGAGGACUCGGGCAUGUACCAGUGUGUGGCAGAGAAUAAGCACGGUACCAUCUACGCCAGUGCCGAGCUAGCCGUGCAAGCACUCGCCCCUGACUUCAGGCUGAAUCCUGUGAGGCGUCUGAUCCCUGCAGCCCGCGGGGGAGAGAUCGUUAUCCCCUGCCAGCCCCGGGCAGCUCCAAAGGCCGUGGUGCUUUGGAGCAAAGGCACGGAGAUUUUGGUCAACAGCAGCAGAGUGACUGUAACUCCAGAUGGCACCUUGAUCAUAAGAAACAUCAGUCGGUCAGAUGAAGGCAAAUACACCUGCUUUGCUGAGAACUUCAUGGGCAAAGCCAACAGCACUGGAAUCCUGUCUGUGCGAGAUGCAACUAAGAUCACCCUAGCACCCUCGAGUGCCGACAUCAACUUGGGUGACAACCUGACCCUACAGUGCCAUGCCUCCCACGACCCCACCAUGGACCUCACAUUCACCUGGACCCUGGACGACUUCCCCAUCGACUUUGAUAAGCCCGGAGGGCACUACCGGAGAACCAAUGUGAAGGAGACCAUUGGGGAUCUGACCAUCCUGAAUGCCCAGCUGCGCCAUGGGGGGAAGUACACGUGCAUGGCCCAGACAGUGGUGGACAGCGCAUCCAAGGAGGCCACAGUCCUGGUCCGAGGUCCGCCGGGUCCCCCAGGAGGCGUGGUGGUGAGGGACAUUGGCGACACCACCAUCCAGCUCAGCUGGAGCCGUGGCUUCGACAACCACAGUCCCAUUGCUAAGUACACCCUGCAAGCUCGCACUCCACCUGCAGGGAAGUGGAAGCAGGUUCGGACCAAUCCUGCAAACAUCGAGGGCAAUGCCGAGACUGCACAGGUGCUGGGCCUCACCCCCUGGAUGGACUAUGAGUUCCGGGUCAUAGCCAGCAACAUUCUGGGCACUGGGGAGCCUAGUGGGCCCUCCAGCAAAAUCCGGACCAAGGAAGCAGCGCCCUCGGUGGCACCCUCAGGACUCAGCGGAGGAGGUGGAGCCCCCGGAGAGCUCAUUGUCAACUGGACGCCCAUGUCACGGGAGUACCAGAACGGAGACGGCUUCGGCUACCUGCUGUCCUUCCGCAGGCAGGGCAGCACUCACUGGCAGACCGCCCGGGUGCCUGGCGCCGAUGCCCAGUACUUCGUCUACAGCAACGAGAGCGUCCGGCCCUACACACCCUUUGAGGUCAAGAUCCGCAGCUACAACCGCCGCGGGGAGGGGCCGGAGAGCCUCACUGCACUCGUGUACUCCGCCGAGGAAGAGCCCAGGGUGGCCCCUACCAAGGUCUGGGCCAAAGGGGUCUCAUCCUCAGAGAUGAACGUGACCUGGGAACCCGUGCAGCAGGACAUGAAUGGUAUCCUCCUGGGGUAUGAGAUCCGCUACUGGAAAGCUGGGGACAAAGAAGCAGCCGCGGACCGAGUGAGGACAGCAGGGCUGGACACCAGUGCCCGAGUCAGCGGCCUGCACCCCAACACCAAGUACCAUGUGACUGUGAGGGCCUACAACCGGGCUGGCACUGGACCUGCCAGCCCUUCUGCCAAUGCCACAACCAUGAAACCCCCUCCGCGGCGACCUCCUGGCAACAUCUCCUGGACUUUCUCAAGCUCCAGUCUUAGCAUUAAGUGGGACCCUGUGGUUCCUUUCCGAAAUGAGUCUGCAGUCACCGGCUAUAAGAUGCUGUACCAGAAUGACUUACACCUGACUCCCACACUCCACCUCACCAGCAAGAACUGGAUAGAAAUCCCAGUGCCUGAAGACAUUGGCCAUGCCCUGGUACAAAUUCGGACCACAGGGCCUGGAGGGGAUGGGAUCCCUGCAGAAGUCCACAUCGUGAGGAAUGGAGGCACAAGCAUGAUGGUGGAGAACCUGGCAGUCCGCCCAGCACCACACCCUGGCGCCAUCGUUUCCCACUCCGUGGUGAUGCUCAUCCUCAUAGGCUCCCUGGAGCUCUGAUCCUGGCACCCCUCCCUCUGCACCGCAGCUGGACGCCACCUCCGAUGGACACAGCCAGCCGGCCCCUUCCUGCUGCCAAGGUGGCCUGACACUGUGCCAGAGAGUGGCUAGUUUUAAAUACCUACUUUAAAACAGUGCCCUUUUUGUAGGAGGUAGGAUAUUUUAUAUUCUGCCGCAGGACAGAGCCCACGCAAGGAUUUUCUUUAAAUCGAGAGGCACCAGGCAGUAACUUCCAUGAUGACACUGAUGCCUAUACCUGAGCUCUAGGCUGCCCAGAGGGAAGGAACAGGCCCAUGGGAAGAAGGGGGUUUAAAAACGUGUCUUCAACUCAGCAGAGAUGGCACUCUGGGACCCUAUAUGGACUCCACCACUUGAGAGCAGUCCUAGGCCCAGCGGGAACACCAGACAUGAACAGGCUGAAGAACUGGGGCGAAGUGCACACCUCACCGUCCUUCAGUCUAAGGAGAAGGGCAAGCCCUGGGACCAAGAACUCUCCUACCUUCUCCCUUGAGCAGCAGCAAGGACCCUGACGCUGUCCCUGAUGAUUCCCUAGGGGCUCCUGCCUGCCCUAGCGGCUGAGAACCAGCACCCCGAUGCCUGAGGCUGGGAGCCUGAGCCCCUUCAGCUUUGAGGGGGUGAUACUGCUUGGGGUGGGAGCUAAAAAGAGUUGAGAGGCCCUUGGUGGAAAGGGGCACCAGACUUGGUCUGAGAUAGUCACAACCCAGGUGACAUUGCCUUCUCAGCCAACACUGCCAACCUGACCCUGUCAUCCCCAGAUUGACAGCGCCACUUCAGGUGGCUGGGUGACUAAAGGGCUUGUCUUGGUGGGGUCUCCCAUCCCUCCAAGACCCAUCCUGCACAGUCCCUCCAGGGUUGGGGCAGGAGAUGGCCAAUCAUGCGCCCACCUCUCCCUCCAGCGCUGCCUGCAGUCAGCUCGGCUUCCCGACCUGCAGCCCCAGACUCUGCUCUCCCAGAACUGACUCACUCCUGCCUGGGAGGGGAAUGCAGCAUUCAUGCUAUGUAUCCUGGAAUUGGGAGGUUUCUGGGAAGGGCAGAGGAUAAAUGUGGCCCUGCCUGCUCCCAGGUAUACCUAGGACCACCUGGCCAGAUCCGCUCCCAGACGGCCUUGGACUGCUUGCAUUUCCCUAGAGGAAAAGGGGUUAAUAAAUGGGCCAUCCUUUCCUGAGCUCUGGGUAUACUACCAGUCAUGGAACAUCGGAGCUGGAAGAGGCCUUAGAGCUCAGCUUCUUCAAGUCCCUCACUUUACAGAUGAGGAAAUGGAGGUGGUCCAGAGAGGGUCUGGGAUUCCCAAGGUCACACAGCCCGGAAGAGAUGGGGCUGGGUUAAGAACUCGAGUCUCCCACCUUUCUGUUCAAGACUGUUUGUCUACCCAGAGGAAGGAGGCACUGCUGAAUGGCUAUGGCCUGGCUAAGAAGGUGGUUAGAGUCAGUAGGGUAUGAAAAUUCUUCAAGGGGUUCGGAUUGGUGAUCAUGGGAACUGGCAUGGCUGGGUUCCAGUCCAAGGUGUGGCAGAGCUUCUACUGAACAUGCAGUGCUGACUUGAAGCUCCCUGUCCACCUCGCUCUUGCCCCAAGAAAAGAGGCCAAAGCAAAAGCAGAUUCCCUAGGCAAGAGCAGCAGCACAACCAGGAAACCCCAAAGCCCGUUCUCCGACAGGUGGCCCUUCACAGGGGGCAGUAGGACAGGCAUCUUGAAGGGCAUAUGUCCUCUGAAGCUCCGAGCCUGUUUUCUGUAAUUUACAGUUAGAGCUCUAUUUUGUUAUGGUUUUUUAAACUUUUAAGUCCUGCUCUAUUUUCCUGGGCAGGUUUAUGUUGAUGUUUACCCACUACAAUUUUUUUAAAAUACAAGCUCACAUGCCUUUUCCCUGCCAGACCAAACCCCCACUGCACCCUACCCACCCACCCCCCGCCCAGGGCAGCUUUCCUGGAGCUGGCUAAUCAAAGCCUCCUCACCUCUUCCCAACCCUUACAAGCAAGGGUGCUAGGAGCUCAGCUGUAUGACCAUUCUCCCUGACAGGGAGUCCAAACUUGGCCUAGCAUCCCUCCUGGCCCCCCUCUGGCCAUGACUUGGCCUGUGCCUGGUUCUCUAUCAGAAAGGGGAUGCUGAACAAAACCUCCUUCUAAGUUUUAUCCAAUUCCUUCCUCAUUGCCUCGGGCUGCGUCAGGGGAAGCAGGGGAUAGGUGUCCAGUUGCUGGGCCGAGGGAGGAGCUGGUUUGGAACAGGACCUAACCAGUGAAGCUGGAGGCUACAGCCCCUAAACUUGCUUGAGGCCAACGAUACUUACUCACAACUAAGUACCUUAAUGCUAAUGAGGUCCACUAAAAAGGGGAGGAAGGCAGACCUCCUAGGAGACCCACGAAGGGUUUUUAACCAGGGAAAGCUGAGCCCCAGGAAAACCUAACCACUGUGCAGGCAGAAUUUGGGGGAUAGAACCGACAAUAAAAUAGAUGUUCCUGCAGCCUGAGAUUUCAGGUAGAGGACUAAGGUUUAAUAAGACAAUAGGUGACCUGAGGACAUGCAAGCUUGUAAAAUGCAACAGCCUCCUGCUAGAGUGACUUGUACAUGAGCUUGCUUGCAGAAGACUAGAUUAGAUGCUUCUCAGAGUCCCCUCCUGCCCAGGGGUUCUCUGAUUUUCAUGUUCUCUGCCCAGAUGGGCUGGGGGAGUUGACAAUGUGCUUAUUUUCACUGUGAUCAUGAGACCACGGUUCUGGGUUAUCUCCUUUCACACAUCAAGCCCCAGAGGCGGCGGCAAGAGGAACAGCCACAGACAAGUACUUUACCCCACAGCUUAGUGGCCAGUAAACACCUUGGGGACUAGGAACAGGAACAACCUAUAGGCACCUCUUCAGGGCCCAGGGAGACAAGUGCCCUCUAUUCUGCAUACAUUUGGGCUCCCCUUACAGAGCCCUUUGCCCUGGCUCCGUGGUCCUUGUUGCUCUAACAGUCCAGAUGAACACCCAGCCUCGGGGGGAAGGCAGCUCUCUCCAGACGGAGUCUCAGGGGCCAGCAAGAUCAGGUUAUCUGCUUUCAUUCAGGGCAGCAAAUGAUACAGAUGGUGCCAGGGAGUGGCAAGGCCAUGGGGGUAGUGGGGGGUGUCUUCUUCUUUUCAUAAAGUAACAACAGAUGAGACUGAGGUUAGACAUCAGAAAAAAAACCUCUGGAAUGACCUUCCUCAUUCCAGGAGGCCCUGCAAUAAGGAAGACGCUUCUUUUUGAGGGACCUUUGAGGAAUUCUGGCAGCUGUUGACACGGGGUCUAGGAUAAGGUGAAGCUGUGACUGGAGGGGUAGGAGAUGCUCCAAGUGUCCAUCCAGAGAUGAGACUCUUAGAAUCAAAGUGUUCGGCCCAGGAAGUCUUGGAGAUCCCACCUGCUGUGGCCCCGCACCUUAGGGGAAGCCAUUAAGGGGGCUCAUCCAGGAAUUCUGGUUAUAGCCCAGUGCUUACCCAGCCUCUUUAGGGCAGCCCCCAGGGCCGGCCAGCCUGUACUCUGGGCAAGAGCCCAAAAUGGCUAAGAAUGUUUGACUCCCUUAAUCUCUUCCCCAGCUACACAGGAAUCUUUUCUCUGCCUGGUCUCAGAAUGGGACUGCCAACCGGCUCGUCGGAGACGCAGUAUCCUCAAACCUGUGGCCACUGGCAGGACAGUGGUGCUCUAUCUCCCUGAGUGAGACCUAUCCUAGGCUUCCUCCUGGAUGUGAUGGGGGCUGCCAGAGAGGCUCUUAGCAUAAAAGGGAUUAGAAGGGCAUUUUUCUAUGUGCCUCCAAAAAGCUCCAUGGAAACAGGCACCUGGUAGCUGUGGGACACCGUGGACUUGUGUAUAUGGUCAUAGGCUUUGGGAAGAUAGGACAUAAAGGAAAAUGAGAGAAACAAAAUGGGUCAGAUAGCUUUGGCCAGAGCCCCAGGCAGCCUUUGGGGCCUAUGACACUUAGUGCCCUUAGAUGGGAUACAUCUUGCCUCAGCCCCAAGAUUCCUCCAACUUACCCAUCCCAUCCAGGGCCUGCACAGCUUAGAGAGGCUCAGCUUGGCAAAUGCUAAGGCUUCCUCGGACCACUGACUUGACUCAGUGUUUGUUAAAACUGAACCACUCCCACUGGCCUACUAUUUCUCUCUUGUAUUUCUUGUAAUAGUAGUUAUUUAUUGAUUCUGGUAGCAGGCAGUUCUUAAAUAAAGAUGGUUUCUCAACCUGUUGGGGCAGCUGGCACGA